AUGACACCCGUGCGCACCCCUUCACCACCAAGCAUCAUAGAAUGCGGCCCGUACUCGCAGCCAGACGUAGGCUGCACAGCCGAGCGCGACGACGCACUGCAGGCAUACGGGAAUGCCUUGGCGUGGGCGAUUAGUGGGAAUGCGAGCUAUGCGCGACAGGCGAUUGCGCUGAUGGAUGGGUAUGCGGGGACGGUGAGGGGGCAUAAUAAUUCCAAUGCGAGGUUGCAGGCUGGCUGGGUUGGGUCUGUUUGGGCGAGGGCUGGGGAGUUGGUUAGGUAUGCUGGGGAUGGGAGUGGGAGUGGGAGUGGGUGGACGGAGGAUGGAAUUGAGAGGUUUGGGACGAUGUUGAGGGAUGUUUAUUUGCCUUUGACUGUUAAUGGGAGUGACUAUGACGUUGGGAAUUGGGAGCUUGCGAUGAACGAGGCGACGAUUGGGAUGGCUGUGUUCUUGGAGGAUGCUGAGAGUUACCAGCAUGCAAUGCGACUGUUUAAGGCUCGUGUUCCGGCGACGAUUUACAUGACUGGUGAUGGGGAGUAUCCCAUCGUGGCGCGAGGAGAGGGCUCGUCUGCCGAUGCAAUCGUGGAGUAUUGGUUUGGUCAGGAUGUGUUCAGGGAGGAUGGACAGGCUCAGGAGACGUGUCGGGAUCUAGAGCAUACUGGAUACUCGCUGGCAUCUAUUUCGCAUAUUGCAGAGACUGCCCGGAUCCAAGGCGAGGAUCUGUACAAGACCGAUAUUGGAAAGCGGCUUCGCUAUGGUCUGGAAUUCCAGGCUAUGUAUUCCAAUGGGGAAGAGGUGCCUUCUUGGCUUUGCGGAGGGAAGUUGGACCUGACUCUUGGGCCUGUGACCGAGGUUGGGUUUAAUGCCCUGUCGUUCAGGAUGGGGAUUGAUAUGCCCGAGACACAAAACUGGACGUUGGCGAAGCGACCUGUCGGGACUAAUGGAUUGUUUGUGGCAUUUGAGUCGUUGACACAUGCCCAGAAUCCAUUUUGA